CCAAACAUUGUGCAACCAAGACAAAACAAACAGCACCCAGCUCAUCCAUGUCAACACAUGCUCUGCCAGCCAUACUCCACUCCUGGGGAAGACAGACAGGGAGAAGGACUCAGGCUAAACAUGGCCGCUUCGGAUGUGGAGUUUGUGCGGACAGGCUAUGGAAAAAAUCUGGUGAAGGUUUUGUACAUCAGACGUGAGGGGACACACCACUACAUCAUUGAGCUGAAGGCAAACGUAGAGCUAACGCUGCAGUCCCACAAAGACUACCUCCAGGGGGACAACUCGGACAUCAUCCCCACAGACACCAUCAAAAACACUGUGCAUGCCUUGGCCAAGCUGAAGGGAGUUAAAACCAUAGAAGAUUUUGCACUGGAUAUCUGUGAACAUUUCUUGACAUCCUUCAAGCAUGUCACCAAUGCAGAGGUGUACAUUGAAGAAGCUCCGUGGAAACGGCUGGAAAAGAAUGGAGUGGAACAUGCCCACGCCUUCAUUUUCACUCCAGAGUCUUGGCGCUUCUGUGAGGUUAAACAGGUUCUCAAUGGGACUCCUGUGAUUCACAGUGGGAUCCGGGACAUGAAGGUACUAAAGACCACCCAGUCUGGCUUUGAGGGUUUCCUGCGGGACAGAUUCACAACGCUGCAGGAGGCCAAGGACAGGUGCUUCUGCACAGUAGUGUACACCAAGUGGCGCUACAGCACACGCAACGCACCAUUUGAUGAAGCCUGGAAAACUGUCAGAGACACAAUCGUUGAGAAGUUCGCUGGUCCUUAUGACCGUGGGGAGUACUCUCCAUCCGUUCAGAAGACCCUGUAUGACACUCAGGUCCUUGUGCUGGACCGUGUCCCUGAGAUUGAAGAGAUUGAGAUUGUGAUGCCCAAUCAGCAUUACUUCACCAUUGACAUGACCAAAAUGGGCCUGUCAAACAAGGACGAGGUCCUGCUUCCCCUGGACAACCCUUCUGGGAACAUCACGGGGACCGUGAGGAGAAAGCCCCGUGCCAAACUCUAAUAGAAAACACAGAAAGCUGGAUGUAGCUGGAAGCUACAGUACAUCAGUCAAUUUCUGCUACAGUAUAUGUUUAUCAAUUCAAAAACAAUGUGAAAAUGCUAAAACUGCUCUUGCUUUUACUAUCUACUGUUACUAACAGCCUUGGCUUAUACAUUAAUUUUGCAAAAUGUCUAUGAGGUUAAUACACGGGGGCAGUUAAUAUGGUAUUAAUAUGGUUUUUGCAGCAUAUGCACAGGAAAUUACUGUACAAACAAGUGUAUGUCUCUGUCCCUCUAAGGCCUUGUACAAUGUUUUGGCUUAUUUUUUAGUACAACACUGUUUUUUUUAAUUGAUAAAAAUGAGCCAAGGAAGCUUAAUCAUGACAAAACUAUUAAAUCAUGUCAGAUAAAUCUC